AAAAUAAACCUUAAAUUUGUGAUAAAUAACAUCCCAAUGUCAAACCCAGAUACUGAUACUGUACAGGGAUAAAAGCCCAGAAUCCCAUUCCUCAACUUUCUGCACCAACAUGAACGAUGAAGCUAAGCUUCAGUCCAAAACUCUCAACAUUCCUUAAACCCUCUCUUGUCACUAACCUCCAUCGCUCCGUUUGCUCUUCUUCAAUAUCAUCACCACCACCCACUUCACUAAAACCUCAAACCCCUCUCUUUCUGAAGCCACCCAUAUACUCAGCCGCCUCCUCAGACCUCCAGAAAUGGCAUGACUGGGCCAAAAGCCUUGCUUCCUCUGUUGGGUCAACGUUUGUGGACUUGGACAAUGGCCCAGACUCAACCCUUUUGUGCAGAGAGCUCAAAUGGCUCAUGGAGGACGCAAUCGAAGAAGAAUCAAAAGGUAUGGAAAACAACCAGAGAAGCAUUAGGCUAAGGGUGGCCCCGGAGGAGCUUUACAUGUUAUGGAAGCAGAGGGUUGAAGAGAGGAGGCCAUUCCAGUAUGUUGUUGGGUGUGAGCAUUGGAGGGACUUGGUGCUUUGUGUUCAAGAAGGGGUUCUAAUUCCAAGGCCUGAGACUGAGCUCAUUGUUGAUUUGGUGGGUGAUGUGGUUAUGGGUAAUGAAGGGUUAAGAGAGGGUCUGUGGGCUGAUUUGGGGACUGGGAGUGGUGCAAUUGCUAUUGGGAUUGGGAGGAUUUUGGGGACUGGUGGGAGAGUCAUUGCAACUGAUUUGAGUCCUGCAGCAAUUGGGGUGGCAGGUUUUAAUGUGCAGAGGUAUGGUUUACAGGAUGUAGUGGAGCUAAGGCAAGGAUCUUGGUUUGAACCAUUAAAGGAUAUGGAAGGUAAACUCGCAGGUUUUGUAAGUAAUCCACCAUACAUACCAAGUGACGAUAUCUCAGGGCUUCAAGUUGAAGUUGGACGACAUGAACCCAGAGUUGCAUUGGAUGGUGGUGUCAAUGGUAUGGAUGAUCUUUUACAUAUUUGCAAAGGGGCUGCUUCUAUGUUGAAACCUGGUGGAUUUUUUGCUUUUGAGACAAAUGGGGAGAAGCAGUGCAAACAUCUUGUAGAGUACAUGGAAAAUGAUGCUGGAGGCAGCUUUUGUAAUUUGAAAAUAGUUCCUGAUUUUGCUGGUAUUCAUAGAUUUAUUACAGGAUUCCAUAAGUGAGCAAUAUGAAUUAUGAUCUCCUACAUGGAAUCUGAGUCAUCCCUUUUUUUUUCUCUUACAUGUAAACAAGAAAUAUUCGAAUUUGGUGCCCUUCGGCCUCGGUUUAUAUGAAAGAAAUGGAGGUUAGGCGUGGGUUGCCUCUAGCAAA